AUGGCGCCCAUCCGAACCGCCAUCAUCGGCCUCUCAGGCAACGCCAUCACAUCCUGGGCCAGCGCCGCCCACCUCCCGUACCUCCUGUCCGCCCGCGGCCGCGAAAAGUACCAAAUCGUAGCCCUCUGCAACAGCAGCGUCGAGGCGGCCAAGCGCGCCAUCGAGGUCUUCAAGCUGCCCCCCGAGACAAAGGCCUACGGCGACCCCCAGUCCGUGGCCGACGACAAGGACAUUGACCUCGUCGUCGUCAGCACCCGCGUCGACGUCCACCACUCGUCCGCCCUGCCCAGCGUAAAGGCCGGCAAGGACGUCUUUGUCGAGUGGCCGCUGGCCCAGGACGUGGCCCAUGCCAAGGAGCUGGUGGACGCGGCGAGGGCGGCCGGUGGGCGGACGCUUGUCGGCCAUCAGGGGCGGGAGGCGCCUCCGGUUGUCAAGGUCCGUCAGUUGAUUGAGCAGGGAACCAUUGGCAAGAUUCUCAGCAGCGAGGUCAGAGCGUAUGGCGGAGCUGUGGAUCGAGAGUCGUUGAGGCCGGGCCUCAAGUACUUUCUGGAGAAGAAGGUCGGCGGGAACAUUGUGACGAUUGGUGUCGGACAUUUGUUUGAUCAAAUCCAGCAUGUCAUUGGCGAUCUCCAGAACAUCCAGCCCCAUCUCCAGCUCCAGCGGCCCAAUGUUCUCCUCCGCGACUCCGCCACCAAGGAGGUCGUCGAGGUAGUCAAGUCCGACGUCCCGGACCUCAUCAUCUUCAAUGGCAACCUCGCCGAGUCUCAGAAAGCCGUCGAGGGCGCCAACGUGCUCUUCCGCUUCCGUCGAGGCCAGGCGUUCCCCGGCGAGCCCGGCCUCACAUGGGCCAUCAACGGCGAGAAGGGCGAGAUCCGCCUCCAGGCAUUCUCCGGAGCUACUCUGCACGCCAAUUCAUACGACGCUCCCGUGACAAUCGAGGUGCACGAUUUUGCCACAGAUAAGGUAGAAAAGGUUGAUUGGAGCUGGCAGGAGUGGCAGGAGGCGCUGCCGGUCGUAGGGCGAAGCAUUGCGGUAUUGUAUGACAAGUUUGCGGACGGGCCGUUUGAGGGCCAGCCUACGUUUGAGACGGCUCUGGUUAGGCAUGAGCAACUAGAGACUAUUCUUGCUGGAUGGGAUCCGAAAUAA